AUGAACGAAAAAGAAAAUAAAGAACCAAAGGUUUCUCAAGUAAGUAUAAGUAGUGGUGAUACCCUAACGUUUCCUAUUACUGAGAAAUUAAAACUUGAUGAAAAAAUAGAAAAAUUUCUUCAAGAAAUUACUAGAUAUGUCUCAA